CUCUGUGCCCUGGUCUGUGAAGGGUUGGGUGUUUUAACCCUUCAGGCACUGAGCCGUGCUCCCACCCUUCACUCCAGCUUCACGUAGUUCUUUCUCUGGGAAUUUCCUAGGGUUUUUUUUUUUUUUCAUUAUUAAAAAAUCCCACCAAGCGCGAGGCCGCUCCCGGGCGACAUGUCGACUGAUCUGAAGAUUGGCAGGAUUAACUUCAAAGGGUGUUUUUAAAAUGAAACAUUUAAAGGCGGUUCCCCAGUCCCCCAGCACAGCAGAAAGCCACCAGAGCCCCCCGGCCGGAUACAGCUGGGUUUAUCGCUGCUUGGUGUCUCCAGCUGCUGAAUCUGGCCCUCAACGUGCAGUUGACUCUCUGGUUUAGGGGGAUGUGUUGCAGAGCGGAGCUCUGUGGAAUGGAUGUAGGGAGGGGAGCUCCUGCUUGUUUCCCCAGCACGGCUGCCUCGCUGCACAAGGGAGCCCGGAUUUCUGAGAGCAGCGACAGAUCGGCCAAUAUUGGCAUUCGCUCUCAGCCUGAAGAAGUCCCCUGGCUACCGGGGCUAUGCCCAGACGGCCUCCCCGGCCCAGCACCCGCACUCUGCUUCCUCGCUGGAGGCUGCCGCUGGAGGAAUUGCCACAGCGCCAAGUGCCCAGCCAGCUGCUUGUGAGCAAGCCCCGUGCGGAGAUGGGGAAACUGAGGCACAGAGGUGGACAUGCUGCAUCCGAGGUGCACAGAGGGUAUGUGGCAGAACAAGGAUUCGAACCCAGGCCUCCUGAGUCCCAGCCAUUAAUCACUAGGCACCGUUCCCUGCCACCCGGGACAGCCACGAAGACUUUCCUCAUCCAUUGGCUGCACUUUCUCAUUCUGUUCAUAGGAAAAGUGCAGUCAGCACCAGACGUGGUAGCUCAUUUCGGGGAGGACGUCACCCUGAGCUGCCUCUUCCCAUCCCAGCCUGGGAUGAACCUCCAGCGUCUGACCCUCACCUGGCAGAAGGAGCGGGCGGGGGCAGAGGACCUGGUGGUUCAUAGUUAUUAUUACGGGAGGGAGCAGCUGAAGAAACAGGACAAGGCUUAUAGGAACCGGAUCCGUCUGGAUCCAGAGUGGCUGGCUUGGGGCGAUGCAUCCCUGACGCUGAGGGGUGUCCGCACCCAGGACGAGGGCGUCUACCUCUGCCACGUCACCUCGGAGCUGGGCAAGACGUCUGAACGCAGGGAGCUGAGAGUGGGAGGACUCCUGGGUCCCCCAGCCUCCUGCCUUGGGGUCCGCCUGGCUGUCAUCUGUGCCGCCUGCCUCUUCAUUGUCCUGCUGGCUGCUGCGUUUCUCUACUGUCUCCGCCAGGCCCCGGCUGGAUCCCGCUCCCGGAGGAAGGCUGAGGAGGAGGAGGAGCAGAAAGAGAUCUCUUGCCCAAUCCCAGCCAGCCCCACCGGCCACGAGCAGCCAGCCAGGGACAAGUCCUAGGGAUCGGCUGGGGCAGAGCUAGAGCCACCAUGAGCAAGAUCUAGCACCACCCAGGCUCCAUCAUCUCCCGGCAACUGAACCCCAGGGGAGCCAGGACAACCCCACUGCCCCAGCUCUACCAUCCGGCCGUGCCGCUCCGCCUGGUGCCCUUGACCCUGGCCAAGAGUUGGGGGACCCACAUCAUCCUCUAGCAGCAUCACCGCAGGGUCUCCGGCCUUCACCCUCCGCCCUAAGAAUCACGCACCAUCCAGGGCCUUUGUUUUCCAUCCAGGGCCCCCAACGCGACGCGCCCUCCCCCCGCCCCUGGCAACACCCCUCCUGGGAAUGGAGAGAGAGCUGCAGCCCCAGGCAUGAGAUGAGUGAAUGAGCCCAGCUGGGCUGCGGCAGAGCUGCCGGACUGGCCAGCUCGCGGGUUGGCGGAUGAGCCAGGGUUCUGCGUGUCAGCCCAGCGGCAGGUCCCUGCUGCCCAGUGCUUGUGCCCGCAGCUGUGAUCACUCCUCUGCCUGCCUUGGUCCGGCUCCCGCCCUGCUCUCGUGCCCGGAUUCUGACCCCUGGCUCCGGUUACUCAUCACUACAGUAGCUGAACGUCUGCAAAGUCGGUCUCUACACACCACAGUCACAGUUUGUUCUCCCAGCCUCUCCACAGACGGAGAAGUGAGUGCACUGGAGGCUCUUGUUUUGGUUGGGUGUCCUUUUUGGUUACUGGAAAUAGACCUGUUGCUCUGUGUUUACGUUGGAGAAGGCAGGCCCAAGAGCCCUGGGAGCAGACAGUGGUGAGGUUUCUAAUGUGCCUUAGUCACAGUGGCAGGCAGUUCCGCAGUCUCAGACCGCGCCUGGAGAAGGUUCUGGCUCCCGCACAGAUGAGCUUGACUCCUCUGGCUGAGAACCGCGCCAGCCAGAACAGCAGAGCUGUUGACCACAGGCUGCACCCCCGAGCUUUACAUGGGCUGUUGGAUAGGCUGGGCCUAGGCCAGGAAGUGCUGUGAAGAUAAUGACCGGUCACUCUCCUGCGGGAAGCCAGCGUAGGGAGCAGAGCAGAGGUGGGAUGGGCUCGUGGCAGCUUGUGCAGCUGAGGAGACGUGCUGCAGCGUUUGGUAUUCGUCGCAGUCCCUGUGUGCUGGAGGCCUCCCGCCCGGGCCCAUCGCGCUGCUGUCGUCUAGCCGGGAGGUGCCGAAGGUGGGGAGCACAGGUCGUCACCCGCCAGCACGGACGGAGCCUCCUAGCCAGCCGGAGAUGGCAGAAAGCGCCACGCGCGGCCCUGGGGAUGUGAGAGCCCAGCGUCAGCGAGGAAUCCCGGGGCGCUCCUGGACUAUGGGCUGGACUCGCCGGUGGGGGACGUGAACCUUCAAUCAAAGGCGGCUGCUGCGGGCUGCAAGCGUCCCUGAGUGCUCUCCUCUGCCCGCCUUGCUCGGGGGUCAGCGCCAGCCAGCUGCUCCCGUCCCAGAGCUGAGCUCGCCCAGCACGGGGCCAUCGGGGGGGAGGGGGCGGUGAAGGACAGGUCGAGCUGGGUGUCACCCGCUGGUUGCUGGCGCGUGAGUCUGUGGUGUCUGACCAGCUCCCCGGGUAGCUGCAUGGUGUCAAAACGGACCAGAGAGAGAACUGAUCCUGGCGGAGCCGCUCUAGCUGGGGCUCUGGGGCGGAGGAGCCGUUCCCCAUCGCUACUCAUUGGGCGUGUCCGUUGAGCAGUGGCGCAAGUAGAAAUAAUUUCUUGCUGUUACGCUGCACUCAUGGGAGGGACACAAAGGGCGGGGGGCAUGUGACCUCCUUGUGACACCCCCCCGUGACUCCUUCCUGCCCCGCCCCCAGCCCCGGCUCUGGCUCUCUCUGUCCCUUCCCCAUGAUCCACAUCCAUCCCACGUUACAUGGGGGGGAGGGGACUCUCUUCUCCUCCCGCUGCGCCAGAGGUUUCUGCUGGACUGACCCCAGGCUGGAGGACUCAGGAGA